AUGUUUCCUGAUGUGGCGCUUUCUGGUGAAGACUCUUCGGCGACCGCUGGCAAGCCGCACAAGAAAAAGAAGAAGAAAAACAAAGGAGGCGACGAGGAUUUUGCAACUGGCUGGGUGGAAGCCAAUGUCGCAGAUACUCACGACGGCUUUGGCCUUUCCCUCGGCGAUGUGGCAUCCGGCGGCUUCACCGUGGAGGGCUCCCAGCCAGAGGCCAGAAACCCCCGACGAGUGAGUUUCAGUGAUGAUCCUCCAGAAUCGCGCACCUUCAACAAGACCGAUCUUGACACUGGGGCAGGUGUCGGAGCCUGGCCUGAGGAGACGUCCCCUGCAAAGCCGGACGCAGCCCAGAACCUGCAUCCAGAAGAGUUGUGCUGGAACUGUGGCAAGAGAUUCGAUCAUUGGGACUCAGUGUUUUGCCGUCAUUGUGGGGCAAAGCGAGGGUCACCGGCUGUACCCAACACGCCUUCACAUAGGGAGCCCGCGACACUCUCUAGCCAUAGCGGUCCAACUCGCACCCUCGAGCGACGUUUCUCAUUCUCCUUGAUGGACAUGGCAGAUGGCCAAGGAGGCCUCCGGACAGGCUGGCACACAGGCCUGCAGACAGGCCUAGCGGGGUCGCCAUAUCUACCAGGCAGCGAGCCCAUCAGGGAGAGCUUGGAGAUGCAGAAAUGGAAUCCUUUAGAUGGAGUGAGACGCCACUGGCAACCAAGGGACGAGGAGUUUCGGCACCCGGGACAUGUCCAGUCGGAUGGUGCUGGCCCUUACCUCCUUGCUGCAACACAGUCUGGAAGCAUCGUGGAAGAAGUUCAGAAAGCCGAACACCGGCUAGAAGGGCUGCAGCAAAAGAUAUCGAACCUUGAAUCCUCCUUAUCCAGAGACAAGUGGCCAAGUGGGGGUCGAGUCGCUGUGUCCCUGGCAGACGCUCACGAUGGAGAUUUGGGGAUUGCCCUGCAUGGCUUGACGAUUUCAGGCAUUACCAAUACACAAGUGGCCAAUAUGGCGGGUUGGGCUGUUGGUGACCACAUCUUGCAGGUGAACGGGGUGAUUGUCCUGAAUCCCCAGCAACUGGCUCAGGAGCUCAGGAAGGCGCAAAGCGCACACAGAGCUGUGAGGAGGCCAAUCCAACUGGAAAUCUGGCGUCCAGGAAGAAAUCCUCCGGAAGAGCUUCGCACUCCGUCCACAAGCCAGCUGGACCAACCACCACGGCCAACCGGCCCUGCGAGAUCGGAACCUACCACAUAUCAAAACUGGGCUGGCUCAAAGCUCUCGUCUCAGCCCCAGCCAUACAAGCCCUACACGACGCCAGAACUUGUCACACGUCAGAACUGGGCUGGCCCAAAGCUGGCAACCGGAUGCUCAGCAGCCAACGUGUGCAGCCAAGCGGCCGAGCGUAAACCAAACCAAACAACCAUGGGCACCAAAGGCUCGCAUAAAAUCAACAAGCACUGGGCAUGGGCACGGAAAGUGAGAGUCAGCGCGAUCCAGCGGAAAGUGGCAUACCUGGCCCUGAAAGCCAGAUGGAAGUGGAAUGAGGUGGAGAAGAUCUGCCAGCGCCUCACCGAGGAGUGGAAGCAGCCUCCUUUGCUCUGCCUGCUACUGCCCACCGCUGCUUCCGACGAAGCCCUUACGGCACUCGAUGCACUGUCCGACCGCGGUGUUUUGAUUGAAGCCUUCGCAGAGACCCUGUACUGCGGACAGGAGGUGUGCUUGUGGAUUCUGAGGUGGGAGGGCGAAAAUCCGACAAACGAUCCUCCGGCGAUCACCUUGGAGCUCUUCGCUUCGCUGGUGACAGCAGCAACGGCCAAGCUUCACCCUCCUGAUUCUGGUCCUUUCCUUUGGCCUCUACAUGACAAGGACAUCGCCUCCGCCAUUGCGUUAUGCGAGUAUGCUGGAAAUGAUGCUCCAUGGUGGAGAAAAGUUCUCUGGGCAUUGAGGAUAAUUCAGCCUCCAGGCGGAACUGUUCUCGAAGAAUGUCUCUUGGAUCACUACGGCCGUGAGGUCGGCUAUGUUUUUGCUUGGACAAACGUAUUCGUUCGCAGUCUUUGGGUGCUGACUGCUGUUUGCUUGGCCUUCUGGAUCUGUGGAGCUCGUCCUCAGAUGGGUGGAUACGAGGGAAUACUGUGGUAUCUAUUGCAAUUCUUGAUUCUUUGCUGGGCCAUCUGUUUGUGCGCAGUCGCGGGCAGCCGCAGAUCAGUGUUGAGGAGCGGUGGAAUCCAUGGAAAUGCUGCCUCCAAUUUUCGAGUUGUGGGAUGUUCACCAGAGAGCAGCAACAUGCCAUCGAACAUGCAAACGAACAUGCCAACGAACAUGCCGUCGACAGCUAAUUCUGGCAGCGCUCCCUCAGUGGAUGGGACGGGGUGGUCCGAACAGGGUGACUCGCAGCAUGGCCAUGUGGCCGAUGAGCUCCCAAUGGGACAAUUUCAAUCUCUGCGGGCACGAACAAGCCCAUUAGAAGAGACAGGCGUUGGCCUUGACAGCAGCCUUCACCUCCGCAAAGUGUCCAAAAGCAUGCACGAUCUCGGCCCGCCCUUGACCAGCAAGGAUGUGCAUUCACCUGCUCGACUGUUGGAGGGCAUAGACGAGGUUCCUCAGGAGAAGCGGCGGGAGAUGGGGGAAAAGCUGCAGCGCGCGCUCUUGAAAGCAAAGUUCAUUGGCUGGGAGUCGAAGCAGAUAGCAGUCCGACGACAUAACCCUGAUUACACUGCACGAAGAUGGCCCCGGGCAUGGGCUGUCUUUGCAGGCUUCGUCACGGUUGUUGUGAUGUUGGCCUUCCUGGCGGCUGCCUUCAUUCUGUUAACAUUUUUCUUGAACAUGAAGUCGCACCUGAUAUAUGACUGGGGCGACUGCCUGAGGGAGAGCUGCAACAAUCCAUUGCACAAGCAUGGCAUCAAAGGACUUCUCGCAGAUAUAGCUGUCGACAUCUCGCUAGCGUUGAUUUUCGUGGUUCUGCUUGGUGAGGCUUGCAAGGCAGUCGCCGCAGCACUUGCCAAACUCUGGAACUUCAAGUACAUGCGGAGACGUCAGUACGUCCAAGCGAUGCUCUCCCUGUUCAUCGAGAUCUUGGCCAAGGUUGGAGUCUUCUCGCUGUUGGCCUUCAUCUUUCUUCCAAGUUGGCAUCCGGACCCUGUGUCGACGGAGCUGCCAGAUGCCCGGCAGGCUUGCAAGGACUUUCCAGAUUAUCAGAUUUGCUCGAACAUGGCUGGAUGUGAUUUGCGGGAUGAUCCGCUAUGCUGUAGUGGUACCUUGCUGUGUGCCAAAUCUUUCUUGAGCUUUGAAAACAGGCGCCUUCUGUUCGAACAGUGGCUCUUGGGUCCAUUCAUCGUUUGUCCUUUUGUCGACAUGAUCCCGGCGGUUCUUGCCCCGUUAAUUGCCAAGCGAUUGAACAACUGGGCCGACCAUCGGGACACCAAUGCAAAGGCUAACCAAAGCGGAAUGUGCAGACGCGUUCGGAGAUGUUUGGCACGAUGGUGGUGCCUUUGCUGUGGCGUACCUCUCGCGCGACUGCUGUCUCUCAUCUUUGUGCUGGAUGCCGAAGUGACGGGUUUACGCUAUCUAUGCUGCGGCCGCACAUUUGCCACGACUGAACUGGACAUGUCAGAUGCCGACAACGACGAUUGCUGCGAGCGAUGUUUGGAUGGCCCUCUGGAACAAGUAGUGUUGCGGGAGUUCGAUGCGUUGGAUGAGCUCAAGGACAUCAAACUGAACUUCCUCUUCGUAGUACUAUUCGCGCCCGUGCUUCCCUGGGGCAUCAUCCCCACACUGCUGGCGAGGCUUUUGGAGGUGCGGUGCAAGCUCCCGAAGCUGUUCCUAGUCCGACGGCGAAGCUUUCCUCGAGAUGCCCAGCUGUUGCACAGCACACAGGAGAGCUUUACAGAUGUGGUGACCUCCUUUGCUGUCUUUUGGUAUUUGGGGUUGUCAAUGGUCACCUACAACACUGAACUCUAUGGAUGGAGUGCGACAGAGCUGCUGCUGAUCUGGUCGGGCCUCGGGCUGAUUGGAUCCAUCUUGGUCAGCUUGUCUGUCCGAUUCCUUCAGAAGUACGUGGAGAAGCGUGCCAGCGCCACCGGAAAUUGA